CCAGAUGGAGCAAACGCUGAAUGGACGCGCAGCGCCGAGGCGCUCCAAAGACAAGCCGAAGUUUCGGGCGCAGCCUGAAUGAACUCGACUUCUUGCAUUAAAGAGCGUAGCUCACCAUGGGGGAUGGUGCACCGUCUGUGACCUACAGCAAUGACUCGAACCGUGGGACACUGGACCUUAACUCUCCGGACACGGCUUUGUCAGAACAAUGGAUGAUUGGCAUAGGAAUGAUCAUGGGCAUCAUUGUAUUGAUGAUCGUUGUGGGCAAUAUUUUGGUUAUCGUGGCCAUAGCAAAGAACCAGCGACUUCAGACACUGACCAAUGUGUUUAUUGUGUCCUUAGCUUGCGCAGACCUGAUUAUGGGGAUGCUUGUGGUUCCUUUUAGCGCUGUGCUUGAAGUCAGGGGUGUGUGGCUCUAUGGAUCUUUCUUCUGUGAAUUCUGGAUUUCGGUUGAUGUCCUUUGUGUCACUGCCAGCAUUGAGACUCUGUGUGUGAUCGCGAUGGACAGGUACAUCGCCAUCACCUCGCCGUUUCGAUAUCAGAGCCUGCUCACAAAAGUCAGGGCAAAGGUGGUUGUCUGUGCAGUGUGGGCAAUCUCUGCUCUGGUCUCAUUCCCUCCUAUUUUAAUGCACUGGUCGCGGGACAAUGAGGAGACCGCUUGCUAUGACAAUCCAGAGUGCUGUGAUUUUAUCACGAACAGGGCAUAUGCAAUCGCGUCUUCGAUCAUAUCCUUUUACAUUCCCCUAUUAGUCAUGAUCUUUGUUUAUGCCAGAGUAUAUCGCGAAGCUAAGCUGCAACUGAAAAAAAUUGACAAAUGCGAGGGGAGGUUUUACAACAACCAAAGCCUGUCCAAGUGCAAACCAAAUAGGAAGAGACCCCCCAAGAUCCUUGCGAUGAAAGAGCAUAAGGCGCUGAAAACACUUGGCAUCAUCAUGGGUACAUUCACGCUCUGCUGGCUCCCGUUCUUCAUUGUCAAUGUCGUGCGGGUUUUCUACGCCGAUUUAGUGGAUAAGAACCUUUUCGUGUUCCUGAACUGGCUGGGCUACGUGAACUCCGCUUUUAACCCCAUCAUUUACUGCCGGAGCCCGGACUUCAGGAAAGCUUUCAAAAGACUUCUGUGCUGCCCUAGGCAGGCGGACCGCAGGCUACAUAUCAGCUCCUGCGACCUUUCGCGCUGCUCCGGGGGAUUAAUGAAUAAUGUAGACCCGAACAUGGUCGGUACAUGGUCGGACUGCAAUGGCAGUAGUGACUGCAGUUUGGAAAGGAACGGUAAACUAUCCCAUUCACAUUCCGAAUCACAGUUUUAGAUACUAAAAUAAAAUCACACUUAGUUGUGCAAAUGUACGCGUAAAUUCGCACCAAGCACAACUUAUCCCACACCCACUAAUACUAAACACGCAGUCACAUGCAGACAGCCUUUCUCUUGGACGAAAAACCCAUGCCUUUGGAAGGAUCCUAUAUUAUCUGCUGUUCAUAUAAAGCAGAUUUGCCUACAUAUUGCCUAUGUAAAAAACUACAGUCUUUCAGAGACAACAUGGAUUUUAUUGUGAUGAGCUACGCAGUUAGCCCACGAUUUACAAGACUCCCUGGAGUUGUACGCCUGUAAAUAUACUUAUCGAUGAAUGUACAAUUGUUGUUUUAUCUCAUUCCUUAUGUGCAAAUUGUACGAAAGAGAAUUGUUUAUAUUAAACAAUUAGUUUGUACAGUAUUUAUUCGCUACACGAUACAAUCCGUAAUGAGGCUGACACUGUAAGAGCUGGAAAAUGUGUGAAACGGUUACCACAGUUGAAGGAAUGACCGAGACAUUUUAAUAAGUUUAAAAUGUGGAAUGUCAUUUCAAUUUAUUUAUUGUCUGGUAUACCGUUCAGUUGAGUACUGUCACUUAUGAAAUGUAUUUUCUGAGCAGCUGAAUGCACAAUACAUGCAAUGUAAGAGUUGUAUUUGUUCCUCAAGAGCUUUAUGUUUUGUUUUGUUUUGUUUUUUCAGCCCGUGUCUAUAGCGGGUUGGUAUUCUGUGUACUCAUGCCUUGUGAAUCAUUGUAUCAAGGUCGCCGUCUGGACGAGUGUGCAAUAAAGUGUCAUUGUGAACCCA